UCACACACGAGUACUGUAGACACUGCCUAAAAAAAGUAAAUAAACAUCUAAAUAGAGAUCAAUGAUCAAUAAGACAAGUAUUUAUCAAUGAUUAGAGAUCAAUACAAUUUUUUUCAGUGUAUAUUAAUUACUUAGUAAAAAAAGUCAUCACAUUAUAACGAAAAUAAGUUUUAUAUGUGAAUUUUGUUCGAUAACCCAUCAAGAUCCAUAAUGUCUUGUCCAGGAUGGUACUGUGGUCGCAUCCUGCAAGACAACGGCGAACUAAGCGACUGUGGCUCAUGCUCGAGAGGGUUUCGUAGAAACGACACAACUUUCAUUUGUGAGCCCUGCUUGGGCAGCCCCAGUCUCUAUGACUGGUUAUACUUGGGAUUCAUGGUCCUGAUGGUGCUGAUACUGCACUGGUUCUUUAUCGACAUGGUUUCUAUGAGGCGCAGUUUUAGCAAAAAUGUUUUAUGUCUCCACAUAACUGCUUUCUUUGAGGUGCUUAUAUCAAGCAUUUUGGCUCUUUUGGCCACAAAUCCUGUGGGGGAGUUAACAAUUAACAGUUGUGGGACUCGUUAUUUGGCUGACUGGUAUACUUUACUGCACAAUCCACAGCCAAAUUAUGAGGAUAAAGUUUAUUGUACUCAGGAGGCAGUGUACCCCUUAUAUACAAUAAUUUUUUUGUUUUACACUCUUUCAUUACUGCUAAUGUUGCUUAUAAGGCCAUGGGUGUGCAGGAAAUGCCUCCCAAGGCAAGGCAAAAUGUCCAUAUAUGCUGCCAUGUAUUUUAUUCCAAUACUGAUAUUGAUUCAUGCAGUAGUAGGAGGCCUAAUAUAUUAUUCUUUUCCAUAUCUUAUUGUGGUGAUCUCAGUGAUAUCUUGUGCUGCACAUUUUGCUGUGAGAAUUGAACAGACUGUUUCAGCUUUAAUUAAGUCAACAGUGACCCAGCCCAGGAAUGUGGUGAUUGUUUUGGGUCAUUGGGGUCUUCAUGCUUAUGGAAUUAUUUCAUUAACCCAAAUGCAAGACCCUUUGAUGAAUGGAUUGUUAUUAUUGCUAGUUCCACUUCCGGCUGUAUUUUAUAUUUUCACAGCCAGGUUUACUGAUCCCACUAUGUUCUAUUUAUAGCACAUACACAAUUGUAAAACCACCAGGGUGAAAGAUAAUUCUGGUAAUUAUGUUUUAACUUAUACAUUUGGCACUAACAGGAUAAACUUGUCUCGAGUGGACAAUUGCAGGAGCCCCAGGUCUGAGUUAAGGAACAGCGAGUUUUUAGAUGUGUUUGGGGGGAAUUACGAGGAGGAAAUGAUUUUUGGAUGAAAGUAAUUUAAGGUUAAAUUUUGUAUAUAUUUAUUAGAAAAAAAGUUUUGUUUUAAUUCAA